AUGCCUGACAUUGCUGUGGAGGAUGCCUCUUUACCUGAUUCUCCUCCUGUCCAGGAAGAGGACCUUACUCAUGCUUUUCCAAGUGGACCAACUUAUCCAUCAAUACUACGGAGUUUCAAUAGUCAUGUCGCUGCAGCUGUUUGGCACGGGGAGUUAGCUCGUUGCACUUAUCGGUUCGUCAACAAGCUUCUAAUCUCCAGUUUUGUUGAGAGAUGGCAACCUGAGACGAACACAUUUCACAUGACAGUUGGUGAGAUGACCUUGACCCUAGAUGAUGUUGGCAUUAUUCUUGGCCUUCCCAUUGUAGGCAAAUCAGUUAGCGUACCAGAUGUGACAGAUCAUCAUGGAGUUACACUACUGGUUUAUUGCUUGGGGAUUACUGAACGUGCAGCACAUGAAGAGGUUUCUUCUACUAGUGGCAAUUCAGUCAGGCUUGAGUGGCUGCGAAGUCAGUUUGCUGGUGUCACAGAUUCAGACCCCGAUGAGGCUAUACAGUGCGCUGCUAGAGCUUAUUUGUUGUUUCUGUUGGGAUGUACACUCUUCAGUGACAAGAGUGACGGCAGGGUUCCUGUUGUUUACCUUCGCUUAUUGGUGGAUUUGGGAUCCAUUUAUACUUAUAUCUGGGGUGCUGCUGCAUUAGCAUUUUUAUAUAGACAGUUGGGGUAUGCUAGCUGGCCCGGGGUUAAGCAGAUUGGUGGUCAUAUGACUCUUUUGGAGGUGUGGAUUUAUGAGCACUUCCGAGCAUUCCGACCUCACCAGAACAUGGGCUACAAUGAAGACAUGCCACACGUAUACCAUUGGGCAUCUAGGAGAGAGGCGGGUUCCUCCAUUGAUCAUUUGAAAUCUUUUCGAGCCGAGCUUGACAGUUUGGUAGCUACUGAUGUUAUUUGGGAUCCCUACCAUAGCUGCAGAGACCGGCAUCCAUGUAACCCAGUUACAUUCUACCAUGGAUGCUUAAAGUGCUUAGAUGUUGUCGAACCCUACCAUCCAGAUAGAGUUCUGAGGCAGUUUGGUAGGGUUUAA